AUGUCAGACUCUCUGAACGUUCGCUGCCCUGCGCGCAGGCGCCGUUGAGCGCUUGCGGCUCGCCACGCUGAAUCGCAGCGCCCCCCGCCCACCUCCCCCUUUCCCGGCCUCUCUUCCCCUCCCUUCCCCCGCCCCUGCUGGGACCAGGAGCCCGGAAUCCUGGCAGCCCAGAGGCCCGUUACGGGAAGCACCUCCUCUGCCGUCUGCCCCGCCCACGAUCGUGACGUCACCGCCCUGCCUACCAAUGGCGGCUCGAGCUAGCGGAGUGAAGCCGUCAGUCAAGGCGAGCGGCGCACCGCAGUUCAUAAGGUGUGCGCGUCGGCGGCGGUUCGUGAGGCGUCUGGCGGGGACGGCGAUGGUCCGAGGCCUGUGGGAGUAGCGCGCCAGGAGGAGGUGAGUGAGGGGUGGGUUUACCGGCCCGCGUUGGCCUUCGGCCGAGGGGAGCAGCCUGUUGGCCAGGCCGAAAAGGAAAACUUGGCAGCUGUCCUCAGGGGGGCGAGGCGAGCCGCUCUCCGCUUCCCCCCGCGGACGGGCCUUGUCCUCCGAAGGCUGUGAGGGAACGAAGCCCGUUCUCGAGAAGCCCGCCUCGGUCGGGCUCUGGCCUCUGAGGCGGCCCCUGAAACUGCUUUCUCCUCAGCGGGAGCGCUUUUAAUGUGCGCGGCUGAGGCGCGUCCCGCUUUUCGGGCGCCUCGCGUUGCUUUGGGACGCCCACCGGCGCCUCAGACCGUCAGCGCUGGGUCGGCCUGGUUUGCGACGACGCCCCCUGGUAACAUUUCUCUUAGAAACCACCCUCCUCUAGUCGCGGCCGAGGGUGGCAGCAGAAUUCCCCCUGCCCUCUUCUUCCUGCGCGUUCUUACGUGCGCGAAGAGGGGUCGGGGGGGGGGAGGGGCGACUGCUCCGUACUCCGGUCUGCCUUGAGUUCUCAACCGAAUGGGGCAAGUGGUCGUUCUUCCUCGACUAAGCAUUCAAACUAAUAUCUAUGCAAAUAUCUAUUGAAAGGCUACCCUGUCGCGAUCGGUUUGGAGAAUCUGAGCUAAUUUCUCACGGUUAUUCCUUCCCCUCUUUUACACGAUAAAGCUCAGCGGUCGUAGCAGAUAUACAACAUUAUCUUAUGGGUCUUUCCUCCACUGUUGCAAUCUGGCCGUCCCUGAUCUUUUCACUCCUGCUAUAACUUUUUUUUCCCCUUUUCCAAAUUCUUAUCUGUGGGGAGUUUUUUCAGGUAAGCCCCACCCCACAUAAUCGAUCACAUGAUGCAGUGCACACACCCCAUCUGAAUGGGAAUGCACAUCAACUUUGUGGGGGCCCAGCCCCUUGAAAUAUGUUACUGUGGGGGCCAAAGCCCCUGCGGCCCCUAGGAGUUGGCUCCUAUGGUGGGCACCCAUUGCCAUUCUAAGAGAAAGAAGAAGGCGUUCAUGUUGAGUUCCAGCACCUCUUUUUCUAGAAAAAUAGAAAUAAGUCAAAUGAGGGUUGUGCCAGUGGCAUUUGAUCAGUGGACUAGGAGGACUAGGCUGGUCCCCUAAAUGUCCUCCUGGUGUCUCCUCCCCAAAGCCCAGAAAGCUGCUGCCCCGCUUAGGGAGGGAGGCACAGUGCUCACCUGCAGUUGCAACUUUGGAGGGCCCCAAUCACCCUCACAAGCUGGUUCCUCUGGCCCUAACUGAUUACCUAUGAAAAAAAUCACUGCAUGCCACUGGAUUGUAUGUAUGGCCAGGAGCUGAAUCAUACCCCUGCAGUCCAGGUCUCAUUGUGUUGGUGGUAAACCUGUUCCUAAACUGGGGGCUACCUUUGUGUUGCCCUUUAGACAAUACUAGCCAAUGGUUUGGGAUGAUGGGAGUUGUAAUCCAGCAGUAUCUUCCUUUCACUCCCGUUCUUUGACUUCCACUUGUACAGUUUUAGACCAAACUGCUUUGGAGGAGGAUGCAGUCUUUUUGUUGUUAUAUGCAGUUGAUGGCAUGCUAUAUAAACAAUAGUGAUAAUGUGCAGUGUUCUAACACAUUCUUGAUAUUGAAUAGUACUGGGGUCAAGCUAGAAGUACAUGGUGGCAUAGAGAUUGGCUGUCAUUCAUCCUAGUUGAUAUCUCUUUUGAAAGGCAGACUGGUGCAUCUCAAUAUUGUCUCUACUGUGUUUCUGGGCUUGCCAUUUGUGUACUUCCUCUCCCCACCCUCCCAAGGAUGCUAGGAUCAUCAGUAUGCCUGAUUAGGGGAUUUCCACAGUGUUACUUGACUACAGUAGUGUAUGGCAUAUAAAGGAAAUGAUACUAUUUUUAUUUGUAUGAUAAAUUUAAGUAGAGUGCUGAGAAUUAGUACAGGAGAGUGGUGAGAAUUUUCUCGGCGUGUGGUUCUUUUACCUGAGUUGAUGGUUUGCCUUUGACAAGAUGGGAAACAUAAGCAGUAGCCAGUAAAAUUUUCUUAAGGUGCUUCUUGGUUUGCUGUCAGUCAAAAAGGACAAGAUCAAAGUAGGCUUUCCAUUCCCCCCCCCCCAAGAACUUCCUGUGGAUUCUGAUGAUCUUCUGUUGGGCAUUAACAGUCUACUAUUUUAGCUAAAAUUGUAUUGGUACUUUGCAACCAAAAUUUAUUAUAAUAUAGAUUUUGGUUCUAAAUACCGUAUUAAUGUAAUGUGCAGCCUGAUCAUUGCAGUUAGGCAUGUCUAGUCCCAUUGAAGUAAGAAGGGCUGAGAGUGCAUAUGCAUAGGAUUGCACUGUUGGUGGUGGGCAGUAUUAAAAUUCUGUUCUAUGAUGUUAGAUGCACUGGAAAGAACUAUGUUGGCUUUCAUUUUUAAAGCACUUUGUUCUGCCUAGAAAACGUAUGCAGGCCUUGUAAAGCAGAAAUGCAUUUCAAAUCUGCAGUAGCAUCAAUUCUUAAGAGUCAUAUUUCAAAGAUCCAGGUGUCAGGAGAUAAUUUCUAACUUGUAAGAUCUGCAUAUGGGGGUGGUGUGUGUGUGGGAAUUCUAUAUGCACACACAAUUUUAAUCUGAAAUUGUAACAUAUGCCUGGGUUGUAUUUCACAUUAACCUGUAGUUAAAAUAAUCUUAUUUAAUAUGAACAAGCACCAUGCCAGUGUGUACUCCUCAAAGGUCUGUGUCUUGUUCCUCCCUUGCUCCAGCUCCUCUGGGGAGAAAACAAAUCAGAAUUUGGCUUGUUACUUGUGAACCCAGUCUUUUGGUUUGUUACUCUUCAGACAAACUAUGAGCAGAAGCAGGGCAGCAGGAGGGAGAGAGAAGUUUCAGUGUGACACUCAAACCAGGCCAUGCAGACCAUGCAAACUUCUUCUUCUAAAUGGAAACAUUAACAAGGGUAGAUUAAACCCCAAAGUACACAUAAUCUGAAAGCCCAUCUCCUCCUCUCAGACAUUCUUUGGCACAAAGAUCAGUGGAAGGGGGGCCCUCUUGGUGGUUCAACCACUUUCCAAAGCUCAGGGUGGCAGCCUCUGUAUCCCUUAAAUUGUUGAACUCCCUACAGAGGUGCAUCUAGAACCUUCAUUGUACAACCAAAGAUGCAUCUCUACCCUGUCUGUUGAUACCUGAGUUGCAUGUUUUUAUAAUGCACCUAAUUUUUGUAGUUUUAAGUUGUUUUACACUGAUUUUAAUAUUGUGUCUUAAUGGUUUUAACUUUCCCGGAGACCUUAGGAUGAAGGAUCAGGUAAUAAAUUGUUAUUAUACUAAUCCAAACAUACUAAAUCAGAUAUAUAUGUACCUUUUAGAAAAUGUGCAUCAUUGGCCAAGGAAAGUUCUAGCCACAAGACAAAAAAUGGACUUUAUCAGUAUAUUUAACCAUGAUCACUAAGUAAACCACAACUGUCAAUUUUAUAUUUUUAUAAAAUCAAUAUUGUGAUAAUAAUUAACAAGCAAGCUAGACAUAAAUUAUAUAUAAAAUGGAGUGUGUGUUAGUUUAUACUUUUCCCUCACUUCAUUGCAUUGUGAUAAUGGUUGAGAAGUGAGCUCAGUAGCCACGCUCAGGCGCAUAUUGUACCUGGUCAUUGACCACUUGUGACCAAGUGAAGAUGCCUGGGCGCCAGGAUGGCACCUGACAUCUCCACCAUCUGAAGGUUCAUGCCUGGGGAUCAUUGGAUCUGAACUGUUUUCACACACUAAUACCACAUCCUGUAGAAUUCUGUCAGGUUUAUUUAUCUUUACAAUUGAAAUGGAUUUCAGAAAGCAAAAUGCUUUUUCUGUGCAGCCUGAACAGGAGCAGGUACCAUUAAGAAAAAGAGGUAGGAAUAGGAACAUAUGUGGACUGUCCCUGAAUCGAGUACUUUUCUUCAAGUUUUCAGAGUUCUUAAGCUAGCUCAAGGUGGUCAUCCGAACUAACCAGAUGCUUAAUUGAUAUUCAAUCAAUCAUUUGAAGAAGAAAAAAAGACUUUAGAGCCAUCUUGCCCCAAAAUGGCAACUAGACAAUUGGGGAGUUGCCUGUAUUCCUGUUCUCACUCUUGGCUGUUUCCCUGAGUGCUAUUCUUCUCUUGCUUUCCACAAAACCUUUUUGUUCAUGGUUAAUAAACCUGUCAGAACAGAGUAAACUACAGAACCUGUCUCCUGAGAAGUGUCUUCAUAAAAAGAAAAUAGUGACUGAUUGAGCAGAGUAAAAAUAUUAUAUAUAAAAAAAUUGUUUUUACAGAGACUUGGUUCAAGAUGUUUUCAAAAUGGAGUUGGUUACUGCAAGCUGUGUGUACUCUCCUGAGCAUUUACUCCUUUGGAGGUAAGUCUGCAGGAUUAAUAAUAAUAAAUUGUUCCACUGUAUUAUUAAGCUCUGUCAGUUUGUUGAUUUGUAUACAUUAUAGAAAAUGAUUCUUGAUUUUUAGUUUGAAUCUAUUAUAUGGAAGGCAACGGCAUAGAGACUACAGGCUUGUCAGAUCUAUUUGUUGUUUUUUUUAUUAAAACCACAAGAUCUGUGAGCCAGAGCCAGGUGUAAAAGGCAUACAGUUAGAUUACAUUCUGAGUCUUUGUAUUUGUUUUCGGUAGCAGAACUGAAUCAAGUUCACUGAAAAGUCCACUCCUGGUUAACCCAGACUUUCUUCAUUUCGGGAGCCUAAUGUAAGGGGGGACGGUAUUCUAGAUAGAUACCAUUGGCUUGUAAAGUCAAAAUAUAAAAAGUUGUGAAACAAGCCAAUAGUUGAUGUGGUAAUAUGAAAGGAAGGAUAUUUAACUUAUUAUCAGGUUUUCUAGCUUGCUAAGUUCCUCUUUUUAAAAAGAAAUCCUGUACAGUAGAGAAAGAUUACACAAAAACCAAUUAAGUUACUACAUGUGGUAUGUUGCGGUGGAAAGUGAGAAGAUGGUUGAAAUAUUUCCUGCAAGAUUAAUAUUUAAAUUGCACAGACAAAAUUGAAUAAUAUGCUUUUGGAAAUGAAAUAUAGGUGAAAUUUCAAGACAAUGUUUCUCUUUACAUAAUAUUAAACAGGCCUAAGGAAAUGUAACACAUAUGUACUGCUACCUCUGCACAUUUCUAUCUUUUUUAUUCACUCCUAAUUCUGAUGUUUGAUAAUGAAACUAUCUUUGAAAUCAUGAUAUGUGGGGGAGUUCACUUAACUAGCACAGACAAGAAAUGCAAAUAGUCCUUAGGAAAAUGAUUACAGUUGCUAGACCUAAUGUCUUGGAUUCUUAGAUAUGAGAACAGAAGUAAAGCUUCCUUUCCCUCCCCCAUCCUCUGCAUUACCCUGAACAGCCUCUGGAGACAGUUGGGGUUCCUCAUGAACAAUGUGGGAUGGGUUUGCUAUGGUAGGGGAGGAUUUUCCCCCAGAUUGGAAGGAAAUUCCCAGCUAUCCCAGCAGCCUCUGGUACCCCAUCCCAAAUUGUUGGGGGUGGGGAACCAUUUGGAGUAGCUUUUCAAGGUGCAGAGCUCACAAGAUCUCACUGGAACCCAGAAGCUGCUGCUGCUGCUUGUGGGUGGGGGGGUGCCCAUGGAUGGGCAGGCCCAGAGGUGAAUUCAAGAAACCUAUCUAUGAACUUCCAUCCAGUCAUUUAUCUUGGAUCCAAGCAAAUGUUGUCAAUUAAUGUACACUAGAAAAGUAAAGGGGGAAAUGUAUUUUCUAGGUAACUAUUGUCUUCCGUUGUCAUAUUGUAUGCUUAUAGCAAUAGUAGCCAUGAACAAUACCAAACAAAUGAUCUCUCUCAGUUUCAGAUGGAUAUGCGCAAUCAUGUGGCUAUAUAACUCCGGAGUCUGCUGUAGUAUCCCUUGAGUCCAGCUUUACAGCAUACUGCAUUCUUAGUGACUAUUGUCUAGAUUAUGGCAACCUUCGUGCUGAUAAAGUUAUCUGGAGAAUUCAAACUAAGGUUGUUCCUAAAGAACACUAUAGCAUAAUAAAUGAAACUGUUUCAAGAGUAACAUUCAAUGACACGUCUAUAUUGGCUUCUCCUCUGACUUGUAACAUCUUAGUGGCAGGAAGCAUUGAGCAGAACAUCUAUGGAAUUCAAGUUGCCUUGGGCUGUAAGUAUUUCUCCUUAAAUUCUUCCUUUUGGGGAUACACAUAAAAGGGACAAUCUAUUGCCAUACAAUGGACCCUCUAAUUACAUACCACUCUGGAUAUGUAACUUUCAAGUUACGAACGUGGCAAACCCAGAAGUGUAUACUUCCGGGUUUCGCCACAUGCACAGAAGCGGCACCUCUGCCUACGGACUUUUCGGGUUGUGGAUGGACCCCUGGAACAAAUUUAAUUCAUAUCUGGAGGGUCCACUGUAUAGUCAUUCUCCUGCUCCUUAUAACACUCUUAGAGGAUGUUGGAUUUUGUCAAAUAUAUUGAAGACAACAUGGAGAAAUGAGAAACUUUUAUUUCACAUAGUUGAAAGGUACCAAGUAAAGAAGAAAAAAGUUACAUCGCCACUUGGCAAAUAUGUCACCAGGCAGGAGUAAGGGCAGAAAUUGCUGCCUGAAUGAUGUUUGUUCCACAUAGUAACCACACAAUUUCUGCCCUUGUACUGUAUUAUGAGAUUCUGAGUAUGAUUUUAUUUUGAGAAUAGUGGUGACCCACCUGGAGAACCUGUCAAAGAUGUAAAAUGGGAUACAAGUUUUCUAAAUAAAGUUUAACUAUGUUACAUGGGGAUAGGCAUUAUGCUUCCAUAAGAAAGGCAGUUCAGCAGGUAUGCCUGUAUUGUGUAGCAUCAGUUUCAGUGUAGCCCCUUGAUCCCUGUUCCUUCUGGCUUAUUCAGUCUAGCAGAGAGGGUGGUUGGGUACAGAGUGUGAUUAGCACUUCAUUGAUUGCAGGGGUGGUGCAUGCUGCCUUGGAAGAGGUAGUGGUGUGUCCUCCCUUAAAUAAACCAAUCCUGGGCCCCUUAGUUAUACUAGUUCCUCUACCGGUAAAAAAUACCCUCUUCUUGGGUAGGUGGUAGAGAGAGUUUCAGUGCAGGAUGACCACCUACUAUUCUUGGAUGCUGCAAUUUUUUUAUUCCAGUCUGGGUUCAGGCCUGGUCAUGGGAAUGAAUUGGCCUUGGUCACCCUGAUGGAUGAGCUUUACAAAGAGCAGGGCAAGCAGUGUGCAACCUUGUUCCUGCUUCUCGAAUCUGCAUCUUUUGACACCAUUGGUCAUGGCAUCUUCCUUGACUGGGAGCAGUCAUUGGGCUUUUUUGUACACAAUGUUAUGGCUCCUGUUACCCCUUUAGGGUUGUCUGCCCUGAAACCAUAUAGGUCAGUAGUUAGUAGGAUACACCACCUUAGUUGGCACCAUGGCCAUUCUGUUUGGAGUGUCAUCUGACCCUAAGCUAUUGUAGAAUAGCAGAAAUCCUUCUGUGAGUAGCCUGCUUGCAUAAUAUUGGAUGCAACUUGGGGAAUAAACAGGUGAACAAUAUUAGAUUUUGAUACACAAAUUCUAAUUACAGCUGUAUAUGCUGCCUCGUAUGUAAAAAUGAUACUAUUGCUUCAAGUGUUUUUAUUUUCCUAUUUUAUUUGUAAGCUGUCUGGAGUCCCUCUGAGGGAAAAAGGCAGGAAAUAAAUACUUCCCUUCUUGUAAUAUUUUAUGUCAGCUGUGGUGUUUUGAUGUACUUCCUUUUUACCUUUACCUUUGAUGACCUUUUGACAUGAAUGCUCUGCUUUACAGUAUUGAAAAAAACAAUUAAAAAUGAGUUUGGGUUUUUUUGAAAAAAUUGAUUAGGACCAAAAUGAAUUCAUGUUGUUUUUGCAAGUGUACUCCUAGAUUAACUUCUGUUUAUUUGUGUGUGUUUAAAUGCAGUUUCUCCAGACAAGCCUGAGAAUUUGAGUUGCAUUGUGCAUCAGACAGGAAGAAAGACAUAUUCUCAAACUUGUACUUGGGAGCCUGGAAGAUACACAUUUCUGGACACCAAUUAUACUUUGAAAUCUCGAUGGUAGAUAUACUUUUUCAGUUUUAAAGACCUGUAGUUAAUUUGUUGAAUACAAAACUUUGAAUUCUUAAUAUUUGUUGUUAAGCAUACAAUUUUUUAAAGGGAAGUCACUUGUUCAAAAUAUUUAAACAUUGCUCUACACUGUGUCUAAGCAGCACAGUGGUCCUGCUAGUUUCAAAGAGCUGAAAGCCAAAAUAGGCAGUGGAUGAGAAAAAAGGGAACUAAAACUACUGAAUAGCUGAAUCUUGAGGGACUAUAACUUUGGUUACUGAUAUGGUUUGCAACCAGGGUGGAUAAAUAAUCAGAUUUAUUUUUUUUAGUUAAAUCGGAUAUUUUUUUAAAUAAAAUGCUUUUGGACGAAACCUCUUUCUAAAGAUAGUUUUCUAUUUCAGUUACAUUAUUGUCCAAAAGCUAUCCAUCAGGAAAUAAGGAUUUGUUUUUAAUUAUGUAGCAUGAGGUUUUAUAUGCAGUGUUUAGAUUUUUUGGUAAAUGAAUUCCACUAAUCCAUUCACAUUGUCAUGCUCUUUCAGAGGUUUCUGUAAGAUUAUUUGGGGCAUUUUUUUCUAACAAGAAGAUAUUAUCACGGAUGCUUGUUUUUGCUGUUCUAAAAAGUUUGAAUUUGUGUCUGCAGAGAUAACAUGCCUUUUCUUCACAGGAAAAAUGUUAUAAAAUAAACAUGCAGAGUUGAGGGAAAAAACCUUAAUCCCAUUGUUCCUUUGCAAAUUUAUAUACACAGAAUCAACCCCUUAGCUCUUAAAUGCUAACUUCCAAGAGGUUCAAUGAAUAGAUUGUUUGGAGUGGAAUAGAUCUGCACAAGUACCUAAAUGUGAAGCAGUAAAAAUGAAAGUGCAACCUUGUGAGCAGAAUACUCACAAUAUAUGCAUAUUCAUAAUAAUCAUAAUUAUCUGUCUAUGUAUUUCUAAUAGUAUAACCAAAUCGGUAAUUUUUGAUAUAACUGUAAAAACUGCUCUGAAAAUUUAUUAUUCCAAAAAUGAAACCUUCAUCUGGUUGUGAAUAUUAAGAUUAUACCAGCAAAAAUGACUCCUUCUCUUAAAAAAGUAUUUAAAUCAGUAAAUCUUAGAAAUAUCUACCAGACUUUUGGUUGAUGCAUACAAGUCAACCUACUUAUGACUGGUUAGAUGGUGUACCAGUUAAAAAUAAAUGAAUAAAUAAAUAAAUAAAUAAAUAAAUAAAUAUGAACAGCCACUUCCUAUUUUACUUAAAAGUAUUUCGAUUAAAGCAAAUUGCUUUUGGAUUAAAGCAAAUUGCUUUUGAAAAAAAAAUCUGAUUUGGUGUCCUUUUAUCAAAGCCCCACCUUUAAAUAAAUAAAUUUCUUUGUGAUAUUGUGGGGCAAAUGCUACAGUCCAAAGCUCAUUUACUACAGAGUAAGUUUCAUUGAAUUCUGCUAGACUCACCUCUGUUUAAAUCUGUCAAGGAUAUGUACAUAUAGUUGUGGUUUUUGAAGUAUUGGGACCAAUAUAAAUUUUAGUGUAUUCAAUCCUGCUUCUUUUUCUCCAACUUCUAGGCCAAACGAAGAGUUUCCUGACUGCCUGGGUGCCAAUAAUUCUUGUACCAGUACUGUGGUUGUAUUUUUUGUCGACUUGGAAGUGUGGGUAGAAGCAAAGAAUGCUCUUGGGGUAGUUGAAUCUGACCGCAUUGUGUUUGAUCCUAUAAAACAUGGUAAAUAUAUCAGAAGAGCUACUCCUAUGAAUGAUUUCAUAUCGUCAUAUCUUCUAAGGAAGAUAAUGUUUCUUUAUACGGUGAAAGAAGGAAUAGGGUGGAAGAACAAGACCACCACCUCAGUGUCAUACUUCUAGUUAAAAGUCACACUGGGGAGAGUCUAGAAAAUUAUGGUAAACCAAUGUGCCUGAAGCUGGAGGGCAAUGGCUUAGGAAAAAUAUCUAAAAUUUUUAAGAGGACAAUAGCUGGCAAAGAAAACUGAUGAGACCCCCCGAGAGACUUUAAGCAGGGACUGACCAACCAAAGAUUCUGGGUUCAUCAAGCAGCCUGCUCCCCUUCCAUAAUGGGAUUGCUAACUCCAGGCAUCAAAAGACGCAGCUUCUAACAGUUGGAUUUCUGUAGCCAAAAUAGAUACACCAGCCUUUCUGGAGGUGGCUCCUCUUAAUUAUUUUAGUUGCUUCUCCUCUAGUUCUCUGAUAAUGGUUGAGUCUCAUAGAAUGGAUCCGAAUAAACCAAACAAUUGGUUUAAUUUACUGGUUUUAGCACAAAGCAAGUGUCACUUGCACUCAGGUCAAUCCUAUCUACUGUUUGAUUUUAUUCAACGUAGUUCGUACACAGAGUUUGGGUGGACUGAACCCAAAAAAAGGUACUCAAAUGUAGUUUUUAAAAUAGAGUUAUUAAUAAAAUUCACCAUAUGGAUUAUAUAUUUCCUGGGUUAAACUAACUCAACUGGCUUCCUGUGCAUUUCAGGGCAUGAUUCGAAGUGCUUUUUUAACAUUUUAAAGAGAUCUCGCCUGAUUUCAUAAUGGCAUCCGGUGAUUAGCACAUGUCAAAUUUCAAGACAGGAUGCUAAAUAACUAAUCAGUGGUUACAACAAGCACCUUUGAAUUCACUUUCAGCACCAGUUAGCUGUUUUGUGCAAGGAGCCUGCCUUCAAAGGGACUUGAUCAACAAUUACAGGAAUCUCUGUUGAAGUCUGUUUGGGGACCUGGCCCCCUCUCCUGUAUGAACCUCUCCCGUAGUUACGAUAUUCAGAGCUCCUUACCUUGUUGCUCCUACUUUCAGAGGUUAGGCAGGUGGCAAAUGUGGAAUAGGACCUUUUUUGUGGCUAUAGAAAACUCACAUUCAGGAUACAGUCACUUUCAAGUUUUAGGCACCAAUUGAAACAUUUUCAUUUUUCUGAGAUUUUAUUAUUAGGUUGGUGCUUUCAUUGCCACUUCUGAGUGUUACACUCCAAUUUUUGUUUUAUUUUGCUGUUCACUUUUUUAUCAGGUGUUUUAUUGCCUUAUAUUUACUAGGUACAUUUUUAUACAUUUUGCAGAGCUUCCAUGAUGUCAAAUUCCAGCAGUAUUGCAUCUUUUGAAAGUUUUCCCUCAACGUCUAGCAUGCCAUGAAUUUCCAGUUAACUUUCCAUAAACUUUCCCAUUGUUUCAUACCAAUAUUAUACCCAAAAUCCUGGGCCCAUUUAAUCUUGGCGGCUUUAACCUCCUCCUCCUCUUUGACUUCCCAGUCAAGGAGGAGUCUUAAUGUCUUGGAAAGAAUUUUUGUUUUGGAAUUGAUCAAAUCUGUUUCCAGUCUGGGUGCCUCUGUCGAAAACCCCUUUUUUUAAUCCAUCUUAAAUGUCUCAAAUAGUUGAUAGUAUUGAAACCAAUCUGCUAUUUGUUCUCUUACUUCUUCAAAACUUUUUAGCUUUAAUUCGUUUGUUUCUUCCUUUAGUAAAGUUUUGUAAGUUGGCGAGUUCCCUUCCGUAUUUUUACUGCGGUUGCCUCAGCUGGUGAAAUCUACUAGUCUUAGGCUCUAAAAGAUCUUUAUAUUUCUCCCAAACCAUGUACAGGGAUUUUCUAACACUGCCUCAUAAUAUAAUUUUAGGUCACACAGGGCAAAGCCUCCUCUUUCCUUUGCACUGAUUAGAAUUUGAUGUUUAAUUCUAGGUCUUUUUCCCUGCCAUAAAAAAUUUGAGAUUUCUUUUUGCCAGGUUUUGAGGCAGCCCGUUCCACCCAGAAUCAGAAUUGUUUGGAAUAGAAAGAAUAAUUUGGGAAGCAUGGUCAUUUUGAUGAUAGAAGUCUUUCCUAAAAAUGAAAGGUUUAGCCGACUCCAAAUCUUGGGGUUCCUUAUAAUCUCUUUCCAGGUUUUCAUAUAGUUAUCCUGAAAUAAAUUGAUGUUUUUUGGAGAGAACCAGAUACUUAAGUAUUUUGCUUUAUUGCAGAUCUUUAAGCCAGAUGUUUUUUCCAGGUCUUCCUUCUCUUACGUUGUUACAUUUUUAAGCAGCAAUUUUGUUUUGGAGAGGUUUAGUUUGAAGCCCGCCACUUCUCUGAAAGUUUGUGCUCCUGUUAUAAAGGAGCAAAAGUUGUGCCGUGUACCUGAAUAUUAGACUUCAAAUUAAUUGGAACCUAUAUAUUAAAAACAAUGAAAUGGCCUGUGGCUAAUUGAGUGCACAUUUUUUCCCCUAGUAAAACCGCUGCCGCCAUCCAAUCUGUCCCUCAACUCAGGAGAAUUUCCCAGAGUCCUAAAGCUAUCAUGGGAAAACCUAUUUCAUGAAGCACCACUGGAGCUGAGAUUUCAAAUUCGAUACAAGAUAAUUGACAGUAUAAACUGGAUCCAGGUAACCCCACACCCAUUAUUUGUCAAUUAUUUUUUGUGGCAUUUUCUUUUAUACAGUUGGUGUGUUUGCAUCCAAAGAGCUGUGACAGUUGCAUUUUAUCUACUAGAAUGGUAUUUUUUUAAAUGAGAGAAAAUAUAGAUUUCAGUUAAGUGUUCAGUGGAAACAUUUAUAAAUUAAAUAAUGUGAAAAGAAAUAUAAAAAAUCCUUGUUGGGAAAAGUGAAAUAGAAAUUUAUGAAUAGGUCAGAAGGAAAAUAAACUGUUGAGGAAGCUUGUCGAUUCUACUUCACAGUAGUUUCUAAGGGAUUGACAGGCUGCUGGCAGGAUAGGAAAAUAAGUUUGACUUGAUAAUUGUCGAAACUAAAUUAAAAAAAAAUCAUUCCAGUAGCACCUUAGAGACCAACUAAGUUAGUUAUUGGUAUGAGCUUUCAUGUGUAUGCACACUUCUUCAGAUCCCACAUAAGCUUUAUAUAAGCUUGUAUAUAAGCUUUAUAUUGAUAGCAAAUGUCUAUCCCUAUUGGGAUGGGUAAUUGCAAGGUGUUGCAUCUUUCAGAGGGAGUUAUUCUGACUUUUUCCAGUAGUAGUACUGUGAGAUUUGCAAAUCGCUUCCAAGGCAAAAUCACUUGGAUUUCUGCUGAACCUGAUGCUUCAGUUGGUUCAAGUCCAUUAGAGGUCCCUAGAACAUAAUCAAAUCACACCUUGUGGGAUCAUUUUCAAAGGUUGCAGUCCGAAUAUGUGGGCAGGACACUUGUGGCAGUGAGGCUGACAACGUGCCCUCCUGAUCCCUACCCAUCAUGGCUGAUAAAAUCAGGACAGGAUUUACUGAAUGGGUCAAGAGUGUAGUUGAUGCCUCAUUACAGGAGAGAGUUAUGUCCAUCACUCUGAAGGUUAUCCCCCCUGAGGUCCUCCAAGGUUUUAGAAAACUACCAUCCAGUGUCUUAAUAUUCCCUGCACAUAUGCCCGGAGGAAACAGACUACAUAAAUCUAUUCCAGUCUGGUUUCAGGUCCAGUUUUAACACUGAAACAGCUUAAAACACCCUUUUUAAUUACCUUUAUUAAAAGAUACGCAAUCCUCUUGGCUGCCCUUGACCUCUCAAAGGCUUUUGACACUAUUGGCUAUGGUGUCCUUCUAGUGCAACUCAUUCCUACCUGCAGGGUCACAGCCAGAAAGUAGUUCUAGGAGGCUGUUCCUCGGCCCUGUGGCUUUUGAUUUGUGUGGUCACGCAAGGGUCCAUUCUGUCUUAUGCUAGUCAACAUUCUGUAUGAAACUGUUGGGGACUGUCCUUUGAGGAUUUGGCACAGUACCAUCGCUAUGCCAGCAAUAAUCGGCUCUACCUCUCCAUUCUAUCUGAAUCUGGAGAGACUGUGAAAGUGUUGGACAAGUGUCUCGAAGCAAUGAUAUAGCUAAAUUCCUAAAACUGCUGAAAGGGAAACUUAAAAAAAAACAGCAAGAGCUCUUGCUGCAAAUUCCUUCUCAUUAGAAUGGUGUGGUAGAAAAAGGAAUAAGUGCCACAGCAAAUAUAAUGUGAAGCAGUAAAGAUCUAGCUCCAAGGGAUACUUAGUCUACUUGGGUCUUUUAUGAUGAAGGCAGAAGGUUCCAUCUGCUUAAGAACCCUGUCUCUACCUCCUGCUCCACAUGAAUUGCAGUACACAUUAAUUUGUGUGCUUUCACAUUUUAAGACUAUAAGCUUGGGAUAUUUUUUAAGACAGUGGAGGCUAAAUUUCAGAAUCCUGGUUUCAGACAGGAUUAAUGGCACGUGUGAACUUCUUGAAAAACUAGGCAGCUGCUUGAAACUAGUACUGGGCCAAAGUAGUGCCCAGCCAAAUUUCAUAGGUUUGAAGGAUUGGGGGCAGAGUGAAAUCUCUGCAAAGACUGCAUUACUUAUCACUAGGUGGCAGACUUCAAAAAGUAUAAGAACUUCCUUUAACAACAACAAAUCCGGGUCACCAUUCUAGCCAUUUUCUUGUAUAGGGAAGACCUCUGGGAACACUGCUACACUUUUACAAUGCCUUUAAUUUAUUGUUUUUUUAAAAAAAAUAGAGAAAGGGAGAGAACCCUUUGCUGCAUUGUAAUGUACAAUAGAGCUUUCUGAAAUUAACCUUAUCAAACCCCCUCAAAAUACCCAUAUAAUUUCUGUUACAAUUGUAAUUUCCUCUUGCCUACGGCAUGUGAUUGGAAUAGAACCCAACUCAGUUAACCUCCUGUCAACCCAUGGAAAUAGGACAAUUGGUAGCUUAACUUUCGUAGGUGGCGAGGGUUUAACUGGAUACAAUACCUGCCCUGAAAAAUAUAUAUUCUGAUGCUUGUUAUCAACAUACUUCAGGAUUACAAAAAAAAAUGAUGCAACAUAAGAAUUAUUAUAAAGUAUAGUUACUUUCUCUCUCUUGAUAAGAUGUUUAGCUCCAUAAGCUUUCUCAGUUUUUGAAGCAGGCAAAAAACACUAAAUGGAGGGUGGAGAGAAUAGUGACUAAACAAUAGUGUAAUUUGAAUUUAAGUUCUUUAUCACAAUUUCAUGUUUUAUGCUAACGAGGGUCAUUCAAACAAAAGAUCUAAAUUUGCUAUGCUGAUUUUGAGAGAGAGCUUGAAAAUUCAGUAUAGUGAAUGUUGUUCAUUCCCUAGUAGCACUUCUUAAAGCCCAGUUUCAUUUUGGCAGGUUCCUCUUGAAGACACAGCAACACACAGAGAUUCCUUCUUCAUUCAAGAUCUCAGACCAAACACAAAAUAUGUGUUUCAGCUGCGUUGUGUAACUAGUUGGGGAGAGCACUGGAGUGACUGGAGUAAAGAAGUAGUUGGGUUCACAGCUGAAGAUAGUAAGUAAGAUUCCAAAAUUCUCCAAUUUGCUCCGAAUUGUCAAAAUGUGUUUCUGAUUAAAAGGUUUCUACACAAUAAAUAUGUAUACAUAUGUGUAAUAACUAUGAUACAAUAGAAUGCAAUUUGUCAUUUAAAUCAUGAGUAGCAAACAGUAGUUAUUACUAUUUGCAAAUUUACUUUGAUGUUCGUUCAUCUCUUAUUAACCUCCUAAGUAAUGGUUCAGCAUUAUCUUGUACUUUGUUUCACAAUAGAUGAUGAUAAAGCUCAAUUUAUCAACAAAUUAAUAAGUUUUCUUCUCUUACCUUGACCAAAUUUGACAAUUUUACCAUUUGAACUGUAAAUCAUCCCUGUAUCUCAGAGGGUUGGCUUCCUCCCCCCCCUCCCCCCGUUAUAGCUGAUUACCGUAUGGCCAGCUGCUAAUAAGUACAGUAGGCUUAUAACUUACAAGCAUUUACCUUGGGCACAUUCAGCUUUACAUGCUUGACAAAAUAAUAAUAUAAUAAUAAUUAAAAAGGGGAACCAGGAAAAAAGACUUUGGCAAUUCCACUCACCAUUUCACCCAGUGUGUUUUGACUAUAUACAAUUUCGGCUUUAGGCACGAUUCCCAAAACGUAACCCUCACAUGAGUUGAGGGCUUACUGUGAAUCACCAGCUCUCUAUCUUCUGACAUAAUCAGAUAUUUGACACAAUCAAAUAAAGUAACUAUUGGGUUCUAAUUUCCUGUAUUUCACAGAUUACCAACAUCCAAAAAGAUUUUAUUUUUGGAGAAGGCCAAAUUAUUUGUUACCUAUCUGUAUUUUAGCAUUAAUUCUACAACAUACUUGAUUUGUACCCCUAUAAAUGUGGUUUAAACCUAAAAGAGAUUAAGAACUAACAAAAAUGGUUUAUAAAACAAUUAUUCCAUGUUGAUAUUGAGAGUUUGAUUUGGAACAUGUUUCCAAAGCUAUUGACAUGUUUAUUGAUGCUUGAAACACCAACUCUUAUUCUCAUAAGAGCCAGUGUGGUGUAGUGGUUAAGAGCGGUAGACUCGUAAUCUGGUGAACCGGGUUCACGUCUCCGCUCCUCCACAUGCAGCCCCUGGGUGACCUUGGGCUGGUCAUACUUCUUUGAAGUCUCUCAGCCUCACUCACCUCACAGAGUGUUUGUUGUGGGGGAGGAAGGGAAAGGAGAAUGUUAGCCGCUUUGAGACUCCUUUGGGUAGUGAUAAAGCGGGAUAUCAAAUCCAAACUCUUCUUCUUCUUCUUCUUCUUCUUCUUCUUCUCAUUUGGAUUGGAAGUUAGUACAAGAUAAAUCAAAAUCCAUGAACGUGCUGUAUGUAUUCCUCAAAAACCUAUUCUAGAAAUAAAAAAAAAUUAUAAUGACUUUCUGUACCUGCUUUCUUAUCUUCCCCAUUCCCUCACUGUAUUCCUAACUGGUGGUGAGUAAAAAGUUUGGGCCUUUUAGCCCGCCUGGGUCUGUCUUUCCUUCAGAUCACACAACUGUGAUCCUUACUUCAGAAAAGCUGUAGGAGCCUCCCAGCCACUUUUCCUGGCUGUUUGUCCCAAAUCAUGGAGGUGAUACCAGCAGACACAUGCCUGGCUGUAUGUCACAGCCGACCAUUGGAUGACUAGAUUGCUGCUAUUCUUCAUGCUCCAUCUACUGCAGCAAAGCACUUGUGAAUAUAUAUAUAAGCUUGAAUCUUUUUCAGUACCCUACAUAUAUAUUAAAGAAAAAUGAAUAGUGGGCUAAAUAAACAUGAUUCUUAAGAGAGAUGUUUGUCUUUAUCAGAACCAACUAAAGGACCAGAUCUGUGGAGGAAGAUUAGUCCUGUUCACUCACCAGAAAACUGGACUCUGGUGCUGAUCUGGAAGGUAAGUAGUACCAAAUUUACUACACUGCAUGUCUGAUUUCCUCAUGUUCUCACUAAUAUCUGUCAUCUGCACUCAAACAUAAUUCCUGUUAUAUGUAAACUCAUGAUACUAUAACACUACUGUAAACACUUUCUUCUAGGUGGUAGUUUCUUUCACAAUAUAUUGCACUCAAGUGUAAGAUAUGCACACGUGUAGUUUAUGAAGUAAAAGGCUCAUGUAUGUCACAUUUGCUACUUGUCCGUUUUAAAAAUAAACAGGGAUGAAGAUCUUAUGCUUUCUUAGUCCUUGCUUCUGCAAACUACAAGUUGUACAGGUAUAUAUGUGCCCUUCUCCGUAAACAUGGCACACAUGGAUGUAGUUUCUGGAUAAUGGUUCUGUGAAAUACUGCUUGAGAAUUGUCCAUGUUUAGCUUAUGAGGCAAAAUAAUUUUGAGUGAAGUGAUUUAUUCUCUUGGAACAAAGCUUUAACACGUAAGCCUGAUCUCAGCAAGUUACAAGAUAGUGUGUUCCUGUCAUAAUGGAUGAGAAGCAUGAAAUGAUGUUAGCUGGAGCAUUGUGCCCAAGGCCAGAUGGUAAAAUAUCAUGUCAGUGUAGGACUUUGGAAAAGGUAUCAUGAAUAGCUCUGUAGUAGACACACUUUGCAUAAAAAAGGAUCCUUGUACAAUAUUGGUUAGGAUCUUGGUUAGCAAGUCCGAGAAAGGCUCUGCCUUAGACAUUGGUGAGCUGCAGCUCAUCAGAAUAGAUGGUUCUGGCUUAAGUGACCCAUAAAGGUCUUACUCUCAUUAGCUAAUCUCAGAUGUUCACAUAUAAAUGGUUAAAUAAAACAGAUCUUUUUCUAUUUUGAACAGGAGUUAAAUCCUUCUGAAGCUAAUGGAAUAAUUUUGAAAUACGAUGUAUCUAUCUUGGGAAAGCCACCACUUCAUUUUCAACAGCAAUUCUACAGUCUGAACACCACACAGCUGACUCUAAAUGUAGAAAAUGGGACAUAUGAAGUGAGAAUUAAAGCAUCAAACAGUGUGGGUGAAUCUCCUGCAUCAGUUUUGCUGAUCCCAGCAACUAACUCAAGAGGUAAGUUUUCCCACAUGGCAUUGAGUAUAUAUCCCACUUUUUUGCCUACUUCACACAUCCCAUUAGAAGGAUCGCAUGUAAGAUUAAACUAAACGGUCAACCACAACACUUAAGUGAAUGCUACUGAAAAGUUUGUGCUGCACUCCUUCCUUGCUCCUGCUGCACGGCGAACAAAAAAAGUUUGGCUUGUCAUGUCAUCUGAACCCAGGUCCUUGGUUUGUAUCUUGCUACACAAACCAGGAGCAGCAGCCAAGGUUUGUGCUUGCUGCUUGUGGUUUGUUAGGGGAGAAACAAACCUCAAGCCUGAGUUUGGAAGACACAACAAAGCCAGAGAAGUACAGCAAGAACUUUUUAGCCACAUGUUGCACAUUCACAUUAAAUCAUAGUUCGUUUCUAACUGUGGUUUAAUGUAAUGUGUAAACUGCAUCCCCACAAGAGGAGGAAAUAUUUCAAAUGUAAACUUAUUGAAGGAUAUCAGUCUUUCAGUUUCUGUUUGUUUUCAAAUUAGCAUUGCAUCUGUCCACUUCAUUUUAUUUUAUUACAUGUAUAAUGCACCUUUCUUCUGUCAUGGAACCCAAAAUGGCGUACAUGGUUCCAGGCUAUCUAGGUAUUUGCUAUACCCAGAACUGCUUAGCUUCAACCAAAAGGUCACUUCAGAUAAUGCUGCUGCUUCCUCAUCAAAUCUCUUUUCUUUUAACUUAAGAUCCAGGUGCUUUACAGGAUAGCUUCUAAACGUUUGACUUAUUUAAGGCAGUGUAGGCAUUAGUAAAUGGAAGCAAGCUUGUGAGACUUGGCAUCUUCAUUCUAAUUGGACUAUUAGCAAAGCAGGUGGACAAUACCAAUACAAAUUAUUUAUUAUGAAGUCAUAACCUGCAACAAAAUAAAACCAAUAAUCCUACAAGCAUCUGUCAUGGAUGCUUUAGCUGAGAUUCAUGCAUUGCAGGGGGUUGGACUAGAUGACCCCUGCCGUGUCUUUAAAAUUUAUGACUCUAUGAUAAGUAAAAUACUAUAACAUACAAAUACAUUAAAAUGGGUUGUAAUACUUACAGCCCCAUUCUACAGAAGUCUAUAGCUGAGAGGAACAAGUGGGGAUUACAUAUCUGGUAUCUGUAAGACUUCCUCUGAAAUACGUGGCACCACCUAACAACUGAAACAGGAAUAAGUACAUAUUAAAAACGUAUUUUAUUCCCUUACUAUAUACUGCUAUAUUUAUAUGGCAGUUUCUCAUUGUGGUGGACCUGCCCACUAAUAGGUCAUUUUUAUUUUUUGCUUUCAGCCAUUGCAGCACAAUAGCUAUUAAGGAGAAAUGAAAACUUUAUUAAAUGUGCUUCAAAAUGUAAACAUUUGAAUUCUCUUUGGGUGUCAAAACUUGAUUGAAUUACAACUUACCUUGAAAGGUGUUUGAUCUGUGACCUUCGGCAUCUGCUCAGGCUUUAUUAACAUUUUGUUGAAGUGAAAUAUAAUUGCAGCUCUCCAACAACCCCUUUUAGUUUUUUAAUGUUUGAAAUGUUAUUCUUUUAGAAAUAAAAAUACUAAUUUAACAGUAUGUUUAUGGUCAUUUCAGCUCCAGUGAAAAAUCUUACAGCAUUUCCUAAAGAUGGCAAGCUCUGGGUAGAGUGGACAGUUCCUAAAACUGAUGUUAAUAGAUACAUAAUUGAAUGGUAUGAAGAGUGUGACAAUUUGACAUGUGCUAGUGAAUGGCAACAGGAGUCUGGAAUGAAAAAUCGCACAUUUUUAAGAGGUAACUCUCAAUAUUUAUAAACUCUUCGAUAUUUAUUGAUUACACAAACAUUUUUUAUACCUUACAGAAAUGUGAUUUUGUGGUUUUUUUUAGAUAAAAAGGCACUUGUAAUUUGACAUCUUUUUAAAUAUAAAAGAAAUAUAAAUAUGUCUAUAAUAUCUGAUAUUUUUAGUGAGUCUCUAAGCUCCUGUCACACAUGGGGAGGAAUUCCUUUAGGGCACUUUUUAUAGGUUGAGAGAGAUUGAUUCAAUGUUACAGCAUGCCAGUUUUGCCCUUUUGUGAAGUCUAUCAGUAUGUGUGCCCUUCUUUGCCAAUGACUGAGCUCUGAAUAAAAUCAGUCUCCCUUUCAUCAUAGUCCAGAGGUGAUCCUGCUUCUCAUCCCUUUUGUGUCAAGGGAACAUAUUGAAGCCUGCAAGAGAGACAACAGAGCUCAGUAGCUACACUAACAACAGAUGGGAAAACAGACCUUGGGUGUCACAGCUAUGCCAGGAGUAUGUUUAGCUUCUUCAGGAUUACAGUUUUCCAGUAUAGUUAAGAAACUCUCUGACACUGCAUUUACUAGGUAACUUCACAGAUUUUCAUGGAGAAUGCUGUUCUGUCCCCACCCAUGGAUAGCUUGGUCAUCGCAACUGCAAAAGUUCCCUUUUAGACAUUUCAGAUAGAGAAUAAGUAUGAAACAUUUGCACAAUCACUUGCCAGCAUGUCCUAUAUAGCAUCCAAGAUUCAUUCAGAUGUAUUUUAGAAUAACUUCUAGGCUGUUCAGCUGACUUUCCAGGUAUUUAAGAGUAUUUGUACCCCACUCUUCAGCUGAAAAGGCUGCUGGAGUGUAAAUGAAGGGAUUUGAUUAAAGGAAAUUGAUGAACUAGUGUUCAAAAUGGAAAUGUCAGUGGAUCUAUAUAUAUGUGAAUAUGCAAAUCUGAUUUUUAAAAUUAUUUCCUUAGGAGGCAUAAAGCCACGGAAAAGCUAUAAAAUAAGUGUGUAUCCAUUAUAUUCAAAUGGUCAAGGAGAAGAAAGAUCAAUACAAGCAUACCUUGAAGAAGAUGGUACGUUUAAAGCACCAGAAUUUCUCUUGCAUGACAGUAGCCAAAAACGUCUUCGAACUUCUCCAUCAAUAGGUGGCAUGACUGCAUUGGGCAGAUGGUGUUUUCUGAGAAAUUAACUCACAUUGUGCAGCUAGCUUAAGGGUUGGCCAAACCAGAUUCAUGUGGUCAUAUGGUUUCUAUUUUUAAUGUGAUAAGUAAAGAAAGAAACCUCCAGAGUCUUUAGCUUUCUUCUGACGUGACUAGUAAUCUAGUGUUUACUCAUGUGCUCCUCUCUCCUUUGCUCUGGAAAUAUUUAUGAAAAUCUGUGAUAAAUGGCCUAUACUUUUUAAAUGUGGAGGUUUUUUUACUUUUUACUUUUUAUUCUCUGUACAUAGUUAUUAAUAUACAGGCUCUUAUUAUGCAAACCUUGUUGUCUUCGUUAUUAUAAUAAUUUCUUAGAAAUCUCAACAAAAUACAGACUUUGAAAAUUAAAGGUUCUUCUUUUCUUACAAUACAAUCAGACAUAGUAUGUCAUUUACCAGUAUACCUUCAGGCUUGUUCCAUAUUAAAACAGAUAAAAUGGCAUUUUAAUAUAACAAACUUACUAUAUGCAGUUAUCUAGAAUUUGCUCUUCAGAAUUAAUUUUUAAAUAUUUUCCACUAAUAGCACCUGCCAUAGGUCCCACUGUUCGGACAGCAAAAGUUGGAAAAACUGAUGCCCUUAUUGAAUGGGAACCUCUUUCAGUAGAAGAACAGAAUGGAUUUAUCAAAUACUACAAUAUAAUUUACAGAACAGCUACUGGAAAUGAAACAGGUAAUUGAGUUUUGCUUAUUAUGUUUAAAUAUAUGAUUCGACUGAGAUUACUUUUUCUAAAUAUAUUUUAAGCUUUAUUUUUGCCUUUUUCUCUACCCAAACUCCAGACAUUUUAAGUUAUCAUUUAUGUCUGCAGCAGCAUCAUAAUUUAUAGUGAUGUGGCACAAGUGUAGUAAUUGCUAUACCUCAUUAUGCUUAUGUUUUUUGCUGGCUCAUAUUUCUAGGAACAAUUUUUUUCUUUUCUUUUAUAAAAUCAUUCCUUUUGACUGUGAUCUAUAGGAACUUUCAGUCAUAAAUUAAGCUCACUUCCUUCCAAUUACUGAGUCGGCUCUCUUUGGUGUGGCAUUUAGCCUUUUACAACUUCCGUGAAAUAUAUAAAAAGCUCUUCAAGCUUUCAUAUCCUGACAAGCAUAAUAUGCUCUAUGUGAGUUUGUUUUGAUGAUCUGGAGGUUGCAGCUGAUGUAGAAUGCAGAGGAUACCUCUUGAAUAGUGGGUCACUGGAAAGUCAUUAGGCAUUAAAGCAUCUGAGUGUUUGCUGACUUUUCUACAGCCUUUUGUACACAGCACCAGAUGCUCAUUUUGACUAAUGAGUGGCAUAAUCUAAAUAUCUUACCUCCUCCCAUGUGCCCUACCACAGCCCCAAAAGAUAAAUGGAGAGCAUGCUCGUUUGCCAAGAUAGUAAGGUAUCUCAGCAAAUACUUUUUCAUAGAUUUAUGCAUUGGAGUUUCUUCAAACCUUUUCAUUUGAUAGAGAGGAGGGUUUCUCCACACAUGCAGAAAGAAAGGGGAGAUUGUGGCCUGCUUCAGAAGUAACAUUAAACCAUGGUUUUGCACAACAUGGAGAAGCAGAAACAGAAGCAAGCCAUGGGUGAUCGCUCUCCUCUUCUCCAGUGUUGACUGCAAAGGGAUUGAAAGCACUUCACUUGUUUUAAAGAAACUUGAGUUUAUCAUUGUUUCUAAACCACGGAAAUACUGGUUGGUUUAACAUAUAAUUUGUUAAAAACAAACCAAGAUCAAAUUGUGGUUCCUGAUCUUGGUUACUAUAGUUUAACUAACAAGAGUUUCAGCAGUUCAGGUCUAAUGAUAUUCUGGUUAGUUUAAAAAAAACAAAACUGGAGGGGAUGUUUCCGGUCCUGUCGUAGUCAUGCCUGGAGAAGGAAGGGGGCGGGGAGUACAUGAGGCUGAAACUUGCUUCUGCUCACAUAACACUAAGUCAUAGCUUAGUGUUUUGUAGCACCAGUGCUCUUAUAGCAAACUUCAUUAUUGCUGUGUUAAAUAUUUUUAUUUAAAAACACUUUUGAAGUUUAAUCUUAAAGAAAAUGAAACAUACGUUAUUUUACACUUCCUUUAAAUUUUAAAUUUAUUUAAAUUAAGGUCACAAACUUCUAACAAGAUCUCUAUUUACACUUUCACUUCUUUUCUAGUAGAGAAUUGAACUUGAAACAAGUACUGCUUAUUUGGUGGUAGGGGUGUUAUAGAAGAGUUUUAUUUACCAGGCAUGCAAGUUGAAGUACAGUCUUCACAUCUUCUUUUUAUUUGAAUCGUGAAAAUUAUAAGUCAUGGGUAAAACUGGUUUUGCUUGUAUAGUGUUAAUACAAGAGCUGUACUGUUUUAUAUAACGCAUAUCAAAUGGGUGAUUUUUAUUUCCAGUUGUGUUUGUGGACCCUUCUAAAACGGAGUACCCACUGUCGUCCUUAUCAAGUGACACUUUAUACAUGGUGCAGGUAGCAGCAUACACAAAAAAUGGAGGGAAAAGGGGUCCUGCUUUUACAUUUACUACAAAGAAAUUUGGUAAGUUCUUACAUAAAAUGUUUAAUAUGUUUAAUUGUUGAACUGCUCGGGACCUAGUAUGCGUUGGUAGUGCCACAUGUCUAGUUUCAUAGUUUAACCUUAAGUAGUACUCUGGGACUGUAUUCCACACUUGAUAACCCUCACUUGAUUAUCAAAAGCAACCAUUGGUCUCAUUUGAAAGGUGGCUUGGGUCCAUCCAUCAUGUGAUGCCAUCUAGUGCCCAAUGACAGAAAUGGCAUUUGAAGUCAAAGCAUCCGCUUAAAAUAACUGGAAGGAAUAGAAUACCUGUGCAUACCUGUGCAUUGACUGAGUGCAUUCCCUGUCUUUGGACACUAGAUGGCAUCACACCACACAGGUUGGAUGGACACUCACUGAAAACAUGAAUUAAGAUGGGUCAAUAUUACCACAUGUUUUCUCACCUCUGCAUAUUACCUAGAGAUACCUUUUUACAUUAUCUUCACAUACUUAAGAGAGGGUCUUUUGAGUGGCUGUAUCCGGGCUUUGAAACUCCUUACAGCGGAGGCUCAUAGACCUAGCCCCCUUGUUGAUGGCCUUCUGCUGGCAGGCAAAGCCCUUAUGUAAGUGGGCAUUUGGCCUGCCAGGGUGGAUUUGUUCUGCCAUAUUGCUGUAAUUUAUGUUCUCAACUAGUUGUCCUUUCUUACGUUUUAAAUCUGCUCUUCCUUCCUUUUGAUAUUGGAAUUGUAUUACUGCUUAUUUUGUGUGGAUCAGUUACUUUUUAUUCUGGAUUUUAUUGUUAGUCACCUUAGGCUUUGCCUUAUUAUUUAUUUUUAAGUAGGGCAAAAGUGUAACAAAAUAGAAGAAUUUGCUUAUUAUGCCUUAAACCUCAUCUAAAUCAUUUAAACUUUUUUUUUUCUCAAGCAAAGAAGACUAGGAUCAGAUUCUGAAAGACUUACUUUAUACUAAUGGAUUUCAUGUUUUUAAAAUAUGAUUGUACUAAGCACAGCAUUUUUAGGGAGAUAUUAAAAACAUCUAACAUUUUGUCUUUUACCUUUUAGCGGAAGGAGAAAUUGAAGCAAUUGUUGUCCCUGUGUGCCUAGCAAUCCUGCUAUUUACUCUUUUAGGUGUAUUAUUUUGCUUCAACAAACGAGAUAGGUAAGCACCCUUAUUUCAGUACAUUGCAUGGAUAAUAUGCUGCAUUAACACUGAAAGAGGUAUUAGGCAAAAGUCCUGAGUUUGCUCUGAUUGGGUUUUUUUUUCCUUUCAAGCCCAGGGCUGCAUUUCCUCAUGGGCAGUCUUGAGGCAGGGAGGGGCUGCUGCUUGACACUGGUGGAUACAAAAUGCCAGAGAAACAGAUAUUGUUCUUUGGAUAAUAGGCCACACUGCAUACACUCAUAUCUCUCCAUCCAGGCAAGCAAGGGCAACUAUCACAAUUCAAGGGCAUGUACCAGCCAGGCAACAGCAGUAGAGAACACAGGGUCAGGGAAAGGGGUAUAGCUUGGGGUGGGUCCCAUGUUCACAUUCAGGCCCUGGGCCUGACAUUUCCCACCCCUGCUUUUUGUAAUCCUACAGAAAGAAUUUAUAAAACUUCUCAUAUUUUAGUUGGUGUAUGUGUGUGUAAUAAUUUACAUAUUACCUUUCAGCUCUUGAAAGUACCCUCAAGACAGUUCAUAGUGUUAAAACAGAUGAUGAGCAGAUUCACAACCUGGUUGGAAUUAAAGCAAGUCAGAAUCCUUUAGUUUUAACCCACCUGCCUAAACAUUGUUGGAGUGGGGGAGUACAAUUAUCUCCUUUUAAGGGAAUGUUCCACAGCUAGGGUGCCGCAGCAGCAAAGGCCGUUCCAUAUCCUAGCCAGCCAUGUCUCCUAUAGAGAUGGCACAUGGAGCAGUGCAUCUGGCUGGGGUGUGGAACAGAACAUUCUUGGUUGUGUCAUGGAUUGUAUGCAUUUGUUUAGAAAGAAAGAAAACAGACUUUUGUAGUUUCUGGGCCUUAUUGCCCCUUCCUUUUACAGCCAUAGUGAUGCUAAGUAAGGAAAACAUUCCAACCUGGCCCAGUGCAAGUCUCUCCUGGCCUCCUUUUCUCAGUCAGAGCUGCCCUCACUGUGAAGGGGAAAGAGGCUGUCAGUGGUUUUCCAGAUCUAGCAUCAGACCUAGAAUACUUGAAACAUCUUCUGUCUGCAUAAUAUUUUCCCCUAUUCACAAGGUGUGGCCAAGACCACAGGAUCCCUGUUCACCUAUAUACAGAACUCAAAAAUCAUAACAUUGAGAAUCUGAAAGUUGGAGCUUAACAUUGGUGUAAGUUUAUCAGUAGGCACUUGCAAUGCAAUGACUUUUCUCUUGAUCCUUUGCCAGCAUCAAGAAGCACAUCUGGCCUAACGUGCCUGAUCCUUCUAAGAGUGUUAUUGCCCAGUGGUCACCACAAACACCAUCAAAGGUAAGAACAAAAACAGACUAUUCUGAAGUAAUUUGUCGUCCUCAUCAUUGUUUAUUUGUAUGCUGCCUUUCCAUAGUUAAACCACUAAUGUGGCAGUAGGAUGUAAAAGGAUAGUAAUGGUUGGGAAGUGAAAACAGGCUAGAAAUAAAAUAUUUUAUUGUGGAAUUUAAUAGCAUCCAUUCUUGGGAUAUGAGUAUCCCUGCCACAAAAAUUCUUCAUAGUCCAACAGUAACUGUGACUUUGUGUUUAAAAACAGGACUUGCAUUAACAGAAACCGAAACUGAGUCUUCAGAACAGUGUAGAGAUGUUACAAAUUGCUCCAGAAAUUAGUAGCUGAAAAGUGUUGUAUUGCAAGGGAAAAUCUUGAGUGGAGAGUUGCUUCUUGGCACUUGACCUCUGCCACAAGUACAGAAAGAAGGGGAAUAAUAACUUGACACUGAAGGAAAGGGCAUUUCCGAUAUUAGGCCCAGAACGAGUGUUCACCGCCAGGUGCACUCUUGCACCAUUGAAAUAAUAAAUAUGAAUGCCUUUAGGGCAGAGGUGAACAGAAGAUAGAUAACAAAUUUCAGGUAGAUCUUUGGAUGGUUUUUAGUAGAUUACUGAUGUUGCUGCAAACAGCUGGAGAUCAGAAAGCAACUUUUUCCUUUGGAUAACACUGCUGAAAUAAAGCUUGGGGGGGAUUUGGAAUAGAGAGCUCAUUUCUGGUAAUGAAAACAAAUUGCUGGGCUGAGAGGCACUCAGAGGUGCUCUCGUCUUCAAUUCUAAGAACACCUCUGCCCCUCUUUCUAAUCAACUGAAUUGUGCUUGGCUCCAGCUGGUGGAUCUGUGGGGUCUGAGAAAAAAACAAAGAUCCUGCAGGCUUGAAAUCUGUCUACUCCUUUAGGGAACAUGGAGAUUGCUACAACAAACUCUCAUGUAUUGAGAUUUAAAGAUGAAAAAUAAAAAGAAAUACCCAGUUAGAUGCAAGGUCCAGCACUUCUCAUUUGAAAAGUUGUGAAGGAGGGAAUUAUUGUUGCAUUUUUGAAUCCGUAAACAUGGAAGAAACUUAAUAUUUUUAAUCCGUUAAGUAGAAAUAAUUAAUUUGCUAUCCUGGAGAGAAUCCAAUUUUAUAUACAGAAACUUUUUGAACCAUGUUUGGGGAAUAAUGCAAAUACGGCAGUAGCACUGUUGUGAACUUUGAAUAAUUCAGUAUUUAGGCGAGAGGGCGUUAAAGCCAAAAGACUGAAUUGGAGCUGCACUAACUCGCUGUUCAAGUAGCUAUAAGUCCUAGAAGGCUUUUUGAGUGCAUGCUAACAACAGCAUAAUCUAGAUCCUGAACAUAGUUAAUCAAGUUGCAUCAUUUAAAGGUAGCAUUAAUUAAAUCUAUGGUUUUUUCCUUAGCAUUUUCAUCAUUCCAAAGAUCAAAUAUAUCCAGAAGGCAGCUUUACUGAUGUCAGUGUGGUUGAAAUUGACAAGAAGUCAUUUUCUGAACAGGAUCCUAAGCCUUUUGACUUGCUUAGAAAGGAGAAAAAUGCCUCAGAAGGGCACAGCAGUGGUAUAGGGGGGUCAUCCUGCAUGUCUUCUCCUCGACAAAGCGUUUCUGACAGCGAUGAAGGCGAACCUGCUCAAAAUACUUCCAGCACUGUGCAGUAUUCAACUGUUGUACCCAAUGGCUACCGGGACCAGAUACCUUCAGUCCAAGUCUUUUCAAGGUCUGAGUCAACGCAACCUCUACUAGACUCAGAGGAGAGGCUCGAAGAUCCGCCAGUGCUGGGAAGCGACAACUCGACACCAAGGCAUCGCUAUUUCAAACAGAAUUGUAAUAACGAUGAUACAGUCAUGGAUGAGCCUCAUUUGGAUGGGGCAAAACAGAUUUCUCCAAUAAAUGAGGAAGAUGCUGCUGGACCUCAGACUUUGCAAAUGUGUAGCUCUGGCCCAGAUGAACAUGAGGUUGCCUUAGCAGGUGCUUUCCACCCAAGCCCCAAAGGACUAGCUGCAGAGUUUGAAACAAUGAGAACAAAUGCAGUGACAGAGGAUGAGGUCCCAAAGUGUUACUUACCACAGACCGUAAAGCAGGGUGGUUAUAUGCCCCAGUGA